GGGUCGUCGGCGACGUCUCUCGGGACUGCGUGUGAAUCACGGGAAAGAAAAGUCACUGGUGGUGGAGAUGCGGGCAGCAAUGGGCUCGGUCUCGCCUGGUGCCCAGAGAAGAUCUUGGCGCCGUUUCAGUUGAUGGAAGGUGUUGAAGUACCUAGAGGCAUGCAACACGGUGUUGGCUGCUGGAACAAAUAAAGAACAGUUUGUUAGGUAGGGUGCACGAAUGGAUAACAGUCGAUCACGGUUUGGCUUGACUUUGUUGCCACUGCCGGAGGGGUUGGCUGUGCAGCAGUGCUUCGCCUUGAGACACAGCAUACUCCUCAGCCCGAACGGUUGGAUCUACCGCAUAUGGCGAGAGCUGGUACUACAGAUACACCGUCUCACCAGGGUGUGCAGCAUCACUCAGGGUCUCAAGGGCAUAUUUGGGGUGAGGCUACAGGGCGAUAUCCUUCGCCUAUUUAUUUACUCACCUUCAUGGUCGCGGUGGCAGGGCGGGGACAUUCCACAUCCACAGUCACACUACCUAUGGAAACACAACAAAUGCACGCCUUGCGAUGUGUACCUCCAGCUGUGGAGGAGGAAACCUCCGCGUUUCCAUACACAGUUAGCUUACUUCCGUCUGGGGGCGAUGCAUAUAGGUACUGCUGGACUUCUCAAUCAAAGACCCAUCUCACCUACACUCAAUUCCUCAAACACCAGUGUUGUACUCCGUAUGAACCGCAGGUCUACCUUCGUUGACAUAUCCUCUCCGCUUAGCACUCAUCCCAAACACCCCGCACUCUACAUCUAUGCAGUAAAGGUGCAGGAUGGCAUCGGGUGCUGUUUGGCGAUGCCUAAUAAGGGGCCUUCAACAUCUCCUCAUCUGUACUCCGUACAUCCGAUCUCAACUGAUGCUUAUACCUCUAUUUCGAGUCAGUUUUGAUAUAUGACACUGUUUGCUCACAUAUCCCCUCUCUCCUUUUCAUCUCAAGUUUGUCCCCGGGCAAGAGCCAUAACUUUGAUGUUUUGGUUUGCGCAACAGGUUUCUUCAGGGCAAGUUUUCCACGGUUCCAUUUCCAUUCUCGCACGGCAAGAAAGAUAUAAGGUAGUUGUAAGUUAGCGAAGAGAAAGUCACUUUGUAUCUCAGCGUCGGCCUCUUGACGUUCCCAAAUCACUUCAAAAUAAGUUUCUGCGGCUCAUAGUAUCGUCCGGGCUGGAUGAUGGGCCACUGGGCUCGUAUAAGGGAGAUCCACUGAUAAGUCGCUCGACCAGGAAACUCCCAGGUUAUUACAUUGGUAGUACGCUUGUUCCCAUUUUUUCUUCUCCACACAGCAGAAUUUGUUGAAGAUGUGGUCCCACUGUGGAGUUCUAGGGG